AUGAGAUAAAAAAAUAUAACUAUUCAAGAAGAACUUCGAGAAGUGCGAUUUGCUGAUAUCAAAUAAAUUAAAAAUAAAUUCUUGAAGAAAUUUAGAAAACCCUAAAACAUAGAAGUUUAUAAUUAGAUUAGAAAAACUAGUAUAUAUUUAAAUCAAAAUUAAGCAUUUUAACUUAGUGAAACAUUUCAUGAAAAUGAACUAAAAUGUAAAUUAUGCAAAGAUUAUUAUAUUAAAUUUACAAUUACUUAAUGUGGUCAUUCAUUUUGUUAUUAUUGCAUUUUUGAGCAUUUACUUAAAUCUCAUGUAAAUAAUUAAUUUAUUUAAGAGAUGUCCAUGUUGUUAAACAACUUUGAAAGGUUUACAAUUUAUCUAUUGUAAUACGAUAGAUUAAUUUAUCAAAAAUAGCAAUGUUCUAAUAAAAAAUUCAACAAUAAUCAAUAAAAAGAAGGAGUUUAAAGAAUGGAAAUUGAAAAAGAAAAUAACUAAUUUUAAUUUAGGAGAUACUUUAGAUGUAUUAGACACUGAACAUAUUUGGUGCGUUGGAUAGAUAAUCAAUAUUAGAAAUCAAAAAGAAAUGCUUGUUCAUUUUUAAGGAUGGAAUAAAGUUUUUAAUGAAUUCAUUUAAAUUUCAUCACCACGUUUAUCACCUUUAGGAUUAUUUACUAAUAGAAGUGGUACUAAUAAAUAAUAAAGAAGAUAUUUUACUAUAUUAGCCAAGUCUAAAUGAAAAUUCGAUGUCUAAUUAUGUUAGAUAAAUUGGAACUCAAAAUCAAGAGAACGAUACAUUUAAUUAUUUGAUAAUAUAGUAACAAACAUAAAAUUCAAACUUUAUUUUAGCUAUUGAAUCACCAAAUUCAAAUACAUUAUCAAGUCUAUUAUAAUUAGUUAUUAUCAUCAGAGAAAUACAAGAAGAAUUGCAUAAUGAAACAUGA